AUGACUGACAAAAUCUCCCUAGGUACUUAUCUGUUUGAAAAGUUAAAGGAAGCAGGCUCUUAUUCCAUCUUUGGUGUUCCUGGUGAUUUCAAUUUGGCAUUGUUGGACCACGUCAAGGAAGUUGAAGGCAUUAGAUGGGUCGGUAACGCUAACGAGUUGAAUGCCGGCUACGAAGCUGAUGGUUAUGCAAGAAUCAAUGGAUUUGCAUCCCUAAUCACCACCUUUGGUGUCGGUGAAUUGUCUGCCGUCAAUGCCAUUGCAGGUUCUUAUGCUGAACACGUCCCAUUGAUCCAUAUUGUUGGUAUGCCUUCCUUGUCUGCUAUGAAGAACAACUUGUUGUUACACCAUACCUUGGGUGACACAAGAUUCGACAACUUCACCGAAAUGUCAAAGAAAAUCAGUGCAAAGGUUGAGAUUGUUUACGAUUUGGAAUCAGCUCCAAAAUUAAUUAAUAACUUGAUUGAAACCGCUUAUCACACAAAGAGACCAGUCUACUUGGGACUUCCUUCCAACUUUGCUGAUGAAUUGGUUCCAGCGGCAUUAGUUAAGGAAAACAAGUUACAUUUAGAAGAACCUCUAAACAACCCUGUUGCUGAAGAAGAAUUCAUUCAUAACGUUGUUGAAAUGGUCAAGAAGGCAGAAAAACCAAUCAUUCUCGUUGACGCUUGUGCUGCAAGACAUAACAUUUCUAAGGAAGUGAGAGAGUUGGCUAAAUUGACUAAAUUCCCUGUCUUCACCACCCCAAUGGGUAAAUCUACUGUUGAUGAAGAUGAUGAAGAAUUCUUUGGCUUAUACUUGGGUUCUCUAUCUGCUCCAGAUGUUAAGGACAUUGUUGGCCCAACCGAUUGUAUCUUAUCCUUAGGUGGUUUACCUUCUGAUUUCAACACCGGUUCCUUCUCAUAUGGUUACACUACUAAGAAUGUCGUUGAAUUCCAUUCCAACUACUGUAAAUUCAAAUCUGCAACUUAUGAAAACUUGAUGAUGAAGGGCGCAGUCCAAAGAUUGAUCAGCGAAUUGAAGAAUAUUAAGUAUUCCAAUGUCUCAACUUUAUCUCCACCAAAAUCUAAAUUUGCUUACGAAUCUGCAAAGGUUGCUCCAGAAGGUAUCAUCACUCAAGAUUACCUGUGGAAGAGAUUAUCUUACUUCUUAAAGCCAAGAGAUAUCAUUGUCACUGAAACUGGUACUUCCUCCUUUGGUGUCUUGGCUACCCACUUACCAAGAGAUUCAAAGUCUAUCUCCCAAGUCUUAUGGGGUUCCAUUGGUUUCUCCUUACCAGCUGCAGUUGGUGCUGCAUUUGCUGCUGAAGAUGCACACAAACAAACUGGCGAACAAGAAAGAAGAACUGUUUUGUUUAUUGGUGAUGGUUCUUUACAAUUGACUGUCCAAUCAAUCUCAGAUGCUGCAAGAUGGAACAUCAAGCCAUACAUCUUCAUCUUAAACAACAGAGGUUACACUAUCGAAAAGUUGAUCCACGGUCGUCAUGAGGACUACAACCAAAUUCAACCAUGGGAUCACCAAUUGUUAUUGAAGCUCUUUGCUGACAAGACCCAAUAUGAAAACCAUGUUGUUAAAUCCGCUAAAGACUUGGACGCUUUGAUGAAGGAUGAAGCAUUCAACAAGGAAGAUAAGAUUAGAGUCAUUGAAUUAUUCUUGGAUGAAUUCGAUGCUCCAGAAAUCUUGGUUGCUCAAGCUAAAUUAUCUGAUGAAAUCAACUCUAAAGCCGCUUAA